AUGACGAGGAUCUCUGCUCUUAUUGCAGCUGCGCUGUCCGCCUCGGGAGCUCAGGCCUACCCCCAUGCUCCCCGCCAGGCCAAUGCUUCCUGGCCGGGUUUUGCCGGCCUGCAGUACUGGUUCUCAUUCGGUGAUAGCUACACACAAACUGGUUUUGACGUGAGCUCGACUCAGCCUAGUGCUGAGAAUCCCUUUGGCAACCCAACAUACCCCGGCUGGACUUCCUCCAACGGGCCCAACUGGGUCGGAUACCUCACCUACAAGUACAACGCCUCCUUGCUUCAGACAUACAACCUUGCGUAUGGAGGCGCCACGGUUGACAGCGAUCUUGUUGCACCCUAUGCGGAUACCGUUAUCUCGCUCAAGCAGCAAAUCCAGGACGAGUACUUGCCCAAGUAUGGAGCUGAUGGCGCCAGCAAGGUCUGGCAGAGUGACAACACUCUCUUCAGUGUCUGGAUCGGCAUCAACGAUGUUGGAAACAGCUACUGGUCUCAGAAUUCCACCCUGAUCGACGCCAUCUUCACUGAGUAUAGUGGCUUGGUUGACCAGCUUUACACCAGCGGUGCUCGCAACUUCCUCUUCCUCAACGUACCACCUCUUGAGCGCACGCCUCUUACCACUGGCCAAGGCAGUGACAGCAUCAACCUCGAGAAGCCUGCUGUCGUUGACUUCAACGACCGCAUCUCCAACCUUGCCUCAUCCCUUCAGGAAAAGCACACCGAUGCGACUGUCUUCCAAUUCGAUGCCCACACGCUCUUCAACCAGAUUCUGGAUGAUCCCUCGAGCUACACUCAGACCGCCGGUCUUAAGAACACGACUGGUUACUGCGCCGACUACGAGAACGGUACGGACGAGCAGAACACGACCAUCGCAGCCUGCGGCGCCGCCGUGAACGAGUACUUCUGGCUCAACAGCUUGCACCCGACCUUCCCCGUGCACGAGGCCGUGGCUUCGGAACUCUCUAAGCAGCUGAAGAGCACUGAAUGA